CUUUCUUUUUUCGCAUUCGUUCACUCAAUCGUGUUUGUCAUUCGACUGUGGCUGCUUCCAGUCGUCUGCUGCGAAUGGCCUCGUCCGAGCCAACCAGCAGUCCACCAACCCUUGUUGGAGGCGGAAGUGAACGCCGUGUCAACUUUAAUCACGUCGCCAUCUCAGUCGGUGCCCCGCAGAAGGAGACGAACCCACCUGCAACAGCAGCCGAGAAUGCCAAAAAUCCCGAGACAGCCGCACCUCAAGGACGUAGUGAUUGGAUCAACGACGGGGAUGACGAAAAUGGGCAAGAAAAGACGCUCGAAACAGCGGCCGUUCGCGACCCACGCCCUCAACGCGUCCUCACAGGGCGUCGCUGGCUGACUACCAUACCUCAAGACGACCGCCACAAUAUAUUCCUGCAAGUGCCACCCACAGGUUGGGCAGGUGUGGCGCAGGGAGAGACCUCUGCAACAACGGCCGAUUGCCGCUGCCGCACGGCGAGCACCAGCAUUCCGGUGCCAGUCUCGUCCGAGAGCCUGCCCGCAGAUUUUUACACUUCGACAGCACAGUACCAGCAUGCAAAACCCGUGCCGAUGACCGCUGCGAGUCGGCGGAGAGCGACGAUUGACACGCUGCGCGUCUUUGUCCCGAAUGUCAUUCCAACCAGCGAGAAGAACGCCGCCAAGCUGGCUGCUGAGAAACACGCAGGGUCGAGCAAAUGGCGGCGGUUUCUGCCAGAUAUCACCUAUUACAAAGUCCACUUGCUCUACAUUAUCGUCAUGGCCCUGAUCUGCGCGACGAUUGUCUGGGGCAUCGAGGACAUUUCGUACACGAAUGCUGCAUAUCUCGGUUUCGCGAGCGUUUCUCAAGCGGGGUUGAUAUCGGUGGAUUUGUCCACCCUACACACGGGGAGUCAAGUAACGCUGAUACUCACAGUGCUCUUUACCUGGACGAUUCCGCUGACACUCAUGCCAGUCACCAUCCGUCGCUAUUACUUUGCAAAACGCUUGCGGGCAGCUGGCGUGUCGCCAGAGGACGCGCAGCAUUGCAUUACAGAGUACGCCGCAUUGCGCACCAUCACUCACAUUGUGAUUGGCUUCAUUGUCGUCUGGCUGGUGCUGGGGUUUCUCGGACUGUUCUUUUACAUGCAGUUCAGCUCGACCGCGCAGCAGACUCUUGAUGCGAACAACGAUCAGUCGGCGCCGUACUUUUCCUUCUUUCAGUGCAUUUCAGCGCUGAGCAACACGGGAUUUUCCUCGUUCAGCUCCAACAUGGUGGCUCUCAACACUCAAGCAUACCCUCUCAUGUGGAUUGCCGUUAUGGGAUUGGUGGGUGACACCUUCUAUCCGAUUCUGCUGCGAUUCAUCGUGUACUGCCUGUACCGAUGGAGCAAGAGCCGUGUACUCGAGCGCUUUCGGCAGUGGCAAGACCGAAGACGCAAAAAAGCACAUCCUGCAGCUGUCCCAGAGCGAAAGGACAGCGGAGUAGACGCCGACUCGAUGGAGGUUCCGUUCUCGGAAGCCAACAGUAACAAGCGCCAAACAGCAGGUGGAGUGCCACAAAUCAUUGUCACGUCGACCGAUGGCGACGCAAAUGAAAUUCGCCCGAUCGUCACUCCAGCAGCCAGUUCCUCAGCGGAACAUGCGGCGGAAGGAACACAGCGAGACCGAGAGGACGGGUCGUCGGUAACGGCCGUCCCGCCGACUGCAGCAACUUUGAGCCAGCUCAAUCGUGCCGCGUUGACAACAGCAUCAAUGGACUGGUGGCACCGAACCACCUUGAUUGGAGCACCCCCAUGCCCUUGCGUUUGCCAUCGAGCAGACAACUUUAACGAUGCUGCGCACGUUUUGCGGAGCUGUUGCCUUGCAGCGCGCGAGUACUUUGCUCCCCGUUCCAGUUCCGCGUCCACGUCGACUUCUGCGCCUUCCACCAGCUUGACGAGCACGGCCGACGGCAUAAUCCAACGAAAACGGCAAUCCCGCUACGUCACGCAAAACGAGCAGACCAUCCCGCACCAUGACAACUUUCUUCACCGACACCUCCACAACCACCAUCACUACCGAAAGCAGUACCGCACGUUCAUGGAGCGCUUUACCGCACAUCACCACGUCGUCCAGACAUCAGACAUUUAUCUGUUUCUGCUGCGACAGCCUCGACGCUGCUACACGCACCUGUUUCGUUGGCCCGAGACGCGGUGGCUGAUUUUUGUGUUUGUCACGCUGAAUGUGUUGCAAAUUGCGCUCUUCCUCGGCCUCGACUGGAACUCGGACGCACUGGCCAGCCUCGACACUGGUGAGAAGAUUUACAACGGCAUCUUCCAGUCGUUUGUCGCGCGGCGUGCGGGAUUCAAUUCAGUCGACUUUAGCCAGCUGGCGCAGAGCAUGCUCGUGUGCUACAUUGCGUUCAUGUACAUUUCUUCGACGCCAGUGGUGGCCGUUGUGCGUCAGACGGAUCGUAGCGCAGCAUCCCAGCUACCAUCCACUGAGCUGGACAUGUCGGGUUUGCCGGUGAGAACAAACCGAGGCUCGCUCAAAGUGCAGACUCGUCGCCUUUUCACACAAGAUCUCGCCCUGGUGUACCUUGGGCUGGUUGUGAUUUGCAUUAUCGAGCGUGACCAACUUGAGCAGCACACAACUGAUUUCACAGUCUUUAAAACAGUGUUUGAGAUUGUGUCGGCGUACGGUGGCAUUGGCCUCAGUUUGGGCUACCCCGGCACAACCGCAUCCUUUUCUAGCAUCUGGCGGCCGGGAUCAAAGUGGGUUCUCAUGUUGAUCUUUUUGCUCGGCAAGCAGCGCGGCUUGCCAUACUCGAUCGACCACGCCGUGCAGCUCACUUUCAACUUUGGCUCGCGUCGGCCGUGGUCGCCAAGCGCUUCUUCUGCGCCGACUUCGUCCACGGCUGGCUCUGGCCGAUCCUCGCCGACGAACGCGACUCUCUCCAGGGAUGUUUCUCGCGAGCAGCCUGCAAGUGUGCCAGCCUCACCCUUUGAGCAAAAUGGCAAGAGUGGUCAAGUUACCUAAUGUAUUAAAUAAAAACGGGGACGGGGGUGGGGCGAACACACAACGGGCUGUCCCUCGCCUUCUGAAUGCA